UCCGGACGAGUUGUUAUCACUAAUUUUCUUAUUGUGUGAGCGUUACCAGCCUAAUCAGUAAUAUUUCUCUAGAUUUGGUGUAAUAUUUCGUCGGUAAAGUGUGUAGCAAAAGAACUCUGACAAUCUUACCAUGGAGUGUGUUCGGUCUCUACUGCACUAUGCUUCCAGAUGCUUUACUUGCCAGGAAGACUCAUCAGCCCAGGGAAACGAGCCAAACGAACGCACACAUUUGCUGGCAGACCCCGUGAGUAACAGUCCUGCCGUUCGCCGGGCUGACACUGAAAUAUUCACUCAGGAGUAUCCUAACUCGGUGCCAAAGAAGGACGAACAGUCCGCACUGGAAAAAAUUCUGCAAGAAACAACUGAGAACAUCAUCGAUGUAGCUGCUUUAGAUACGCAAAAAUUAGAAGCCAGUGAAUACAAUGAUCGUAUUCGGAUCUACAC